AUGCCCUGUCCAAGAGCAGCACCGGGAAGAAUGAUGGAAGAUCCGAUGAACGAGCAUGCUUCCCGCUCGCAGAGGUACUAUAGUAAUCAACAGUUGCGACCAGACGUGCCAGUGUCUCCGCAGCCCACUGCUGAAGACAUAGCACGCCGAUCACGGAGGUUUAGACUCCGACAUGAUGAAUUUGCAAGAAGGGAACCCGGAUUGAGCCGACCCGGAGUUACAUAUUUGGAAGACAUUACGCCUGACUUGAACCACCCGUCGCCGUCGCAAAGUAACGCAGUUAGCCACGCACAGGGUCCUUAUGAUGACACUGAUAGCCCUGGCCAUGCUCAUAUCAACGAACAACCUGGUGAAGGAGACAUAGACAUCCAUUUGACGCGCGAUGAAAGCAACGACAAGAAGCAGAGCUUGAGGGAGGACUUCGAGAUGAUAAGAUAUGAGGAUGACCUGACCGCAGACUUUGAAGAGGUCGACCGAGACAUACCGACGGCCUUCAAUGGAAAACCACCAAAAUAA